AUGAACGCCCAAGUCUCUUUUCUUGACGGCACUUAUACGCUCAUACACAUCCCUCUCGACCUCUACCCCAUUUUCCUCCAGCCCAUCAUCCGCGUCCUCCUGCCGCAGACGCAGAGCCUCGACGUCUCCCACGACGCGCCCGAGUUCGCUCCCGAAGGGCUCACGGCCGAGAACCAGCAUGGCUUCCUCAACAUCAGCGUCACGCCCAUCGAGUGUUCGGUCGUCUGCCAUGCCUCGUGGGCCAAGAACGUCUUCGAGCCCGUCAUCGCCGCCUUGCCGGCCCAGCAGGCCAAGACGGUCACCGUCUUCAGGGACUCGUACAUGGUCCUCUCCAUCAUCAGCGCCGGCCUCGAUGCCGCGAGCAGGGUCAUGGAGCUGAGCCACCCGCUCGCCUUGGCCGGGAUCCCCAUCUUCUUCAUCACCACCUACUACUCCGACUUCAUCCUCGUCCCUUCGAAGGAGAGGCAGAAGGUCAUCAAGGCCCUGUCGGACAAAGGCUUCGAGCUGUCGGAGAACCAGUCCAGCUUCGUCAACGCGAACGCGUACGGCCGCAAGAGCUCGUCGAUCCACUCGGCUUCCCCUCCCGGCUCGCCGCCGCCGUCCAACACGAAGGAGCUGGAGACGAGGACGUUUGCCCUCAUGCAGAAGCGCAACGUCUCCCCGUACGUGGACGAGGGCCUGCAGCUGAUACAGUGCUCCGGACGAGAGAUCCCCCAGCCGGCCGUCGUCUACGGCCACCGACCGUCGUCCAGCCGCCAGGUGCCAAACCCGGUCCGCCGCCAGAGCUGGAUCGACAACGUGGACACGAAGCUGUACACGUGCAUCAUCUCGGCUCUCGUGUCGAGGCCGCGGUUCAUGUCCCUCACAUUGGCCCAGGAUGACCCGCCGUCCCUCCUGGUGGACCGGAAACUGCUCCUCCUCUUUGAAGACUCCAUCGUCGGCGACAUGGACUCGAAUUUCGUGCCCAUCUUUCUCGAUCUCGUGAACUUGCCGUCGGAGGUGACGGGCAUCGUUUGCGGCGUCGCGGGUCGCCUCGUGGAGGAUAUGCAGAUGACGGAGACGUUUGAGCUUUCCUACCUGUCCACGGCGCGGGCCGGAGCCGUCAUUCUCACCGAGGAGCAGUCGACGCGGGCGCUGACCAUCCUCGGGCCUCUGUUGGAAAAGAAGAACCAAGGGGGCUGA